ACAAGCUUCUUCUUCCCUAAAGAAAAUGGCUUUUUCUUCUUCUUCAAAUGGGUUUUUCCUGCCACUACUUGUCGCCACAGUGGUUAGCUCAAUGGUCGUUGCCUGUGCUGGUAACUUCAACCAAGAUUUUGAUCUAACAUGGGGUGGUAACAGAGGCAAGAUCUUCGGUGGAGGUCGGCUUCUAUCUCUGUCUCUAGACAGAGUCUCUGGCUCUGGUUUUCAGUCCAAGAAAGAAUACCUCUUUGGGAGGAUUGAUAUGCAGCUCAAGCUCGUUGCUGGCAAUUCUGCAGGAACUGUCACUGCUUACUACUUGUCAUCCCAAGGGCCAACACACGAUGAGAUUGAUUUUGAAUUUCUGGGAAACUUAAGCGGUGACCCUUACAUUCUUCACACCAAUGUCUACACCCAAGGCCAAGGCAACAGGGAACAACAGUUCUAUCUCUGGUUCGACCCCACCAGAAACUUUCACACCUACUCCAUCAUCUGGAAGCCCCAACACAUCAUAUUCUUGGUAGAUAACACCCCCAUCAGGGUUUUCAAGAAUGCAGAGUCUUUGGGUGUGCCGUUCCCAAAGAACCAACCCAUGAGGAUCUAUUCAAGCCUGUGGAAUGCUGAUGACUGGGCCACAAGAGGAGGCUUGGUGAAGACUGAUUGGUCCAAAGCACCUUUCACGGCUUACUAUCGCAACUUCAAGGCCACAGAGUUCUCAUCCAAGUCUGCGAGCUCCUUCUCUGACGCAGCAUGGCAGGCCAUUGAGCUCGAUGCUUAUGGCAGAAGAAGACUGAGAUGGGUUCAGAAGUACUUCAUGAUCUAUAACUACUGUAAUGAUCUCAAGCGAUUUCCUCGAGGCCUCCCCACUGAGUGUAGGCAUUCGAGGUUCUGAGAGAUGAAGAAUGUUUGUUAUGGCUUUGAUCAGCUGGGCUAUGUAAAAUAAUAUAUUGCUGUCUUGUUGUUAUUCUUUUGUUGUAGCUUCCUCUGUUUUCUCGCUCUCUCUGUAAGUUUCGCUUAUAUAGUUGUUUACAUAUUCAGGGGUUCUGAAUAAAAUCUAAUUCUUUGUACCACUUUCUCUCUUUCAAGUCGUUCAAGUUGGAAUGAGUCUGUGCGUUCACGUGAUAAUAAAUCUAGUUGAGCUUCA